CAGUGUUUUUGUGUUACCGCACGCGUGCCCCAGACGCAAAGAAGGGAGAUCACACGCUCGUUCUUUCGUCGCUUCGUAAGGGAGGCAAGACGUGACAGGUGUGAGCCACAGUCAACGCCAUACACUCCCAGACCAGUUCCGGUGCUUCUCUUGCGAGACGUACACCUGCGAUGACCAGAGUAUAUGCGAUGAAGCUGUCAUGAAGCCACCCAGAACAGGCUGCAGAAGAUGAUGGAAAGGCUGUCUCUGCAACGUCGUCUGCUCCCCGCUCCUUAUCUGGGAAGCACCGCAUCGCAUGCAGAGAAUCCGUCGUGGCAUGCCGAUAGGGGCGUUUGGAGCACUAGCGACAACGUGUCAGCGGAGAUGACAGAGGGAGCCUAGAUUUAAGGAGGGAACAUGCUUCAGCUUCAACGUGGUGGAUGGCAGCGGCAACAGCCGCUACUCGAAGGGCUGCCUGCACACGGACGACAUGGUAGCCCUGACCUGCAAGACGCGGCAACUGAAAAGCAGGGGCGCCAACUCCGGGAGCUACAGCGGCAGCUGCUGCCAGGGAGACCUUUGCAACAAUGGCUCCUUCCCCACACUGGCUCCCAAGCCCUGUAGUGCGUGCUUUGGAACCCCAGGUGCCAGGGAGGCCCCCUGGCUGCCCAUCUGGGUGCCCCUCUGUGUGCUAGGCCUGCUGGUUCUGCUGUUGGCGGCAGCUGCCCGAGUGCUGCUUGUGCGGCGCUCGUACCGGCGCCAGACUGCGGCUCUUCUUGCCGCCAACGACGUCUUCUACGGCGACGAGCUCCGUAUCUCGGCCGCAGGCGACAGCACCCUACGCGAGAUGUUUGAGCACUCGAUCACCUCAGGAAGUGGGUCUGGCCUCCCUCUCCUCAUCCAGCGGACAUUGGCCAAGCAGAUCCAGCUGGUCAACUGCAUAGGCAAGGGCCGGUACGGGGAGGUGUGGUGCGGCGUGUGGUUUGGCGAGAGCGUGGCGGUGAAGAUCUUCUCGUCGCGUGACGAGGCGUCUUGGUCUCGGGAGACGGAGAUCUACAGCACGGUGCUGAUGCGGCACGAGAACAUCCUGGGCUACCUGGGCUCGGACGUGACCUCGCACAACUCGUGCACCCAGCUGUGGCUGGUGACGCCGUACCUGCAGGCGGGCUCGCUCUACGACUGGCUCAGCACGGCCCCACUCAGCAGCCAGCAGAUGAUGGCGGUGGCCCUGUCGACCGUCUCGGGCAUUGUGCACCUCCACACCGAGAUCUACGGCACCCAGGGCAAGCCUGCCAUCGCCCACCGGGACAUCAAGACCAAGAACAUCCUGGUGAAGGCGAAUGGGACGUGCGUCAUUGCUGACUUUGGCUUGGCCGUGACGCACAGGCAAGCCACAGGGCAGCUCAACAUUGCGCACAACCACCGGGUCGGCACCAAGCGUUACAUGGCACCCGAGCUGCUCGACGAAACACUCAACACGUCGGCGUUUGAGUCGUACCGCCGUGUGGACAUCUACGCCUUGGGGCUCGUGCUCUGGGAGGUCUGUCGACGCUGCCUCAGUGGAGGGAUUGCUGAGGAAUACAUGCCACCCUUCUAUGACAUGGUGCCGUCGGAUCCGAGCUUUGAGGACAUGCGCAAGGUGGUGGUUGUGGACCAGCAGCGCCCGGUCAUCCCCAACCGGUGGUCGUCGGACCCUACGCUGGUGGCCACAGCCAAGCUGAUGAAGGAGUGCUGGCACCACAAUCCGUCAGCCCGGUUGACCGCUCUGCGCAUGAAGAAGUCUUUGCUCAAGAUUGCGUCUGCAGACCCCAAGAUACAGCUGGAUGUCUAGCUUGCUGAAAAGAGGUGAACUCUUUGCAGCCAAGAGAGAGGAGGAUGCUGUGGGCGCUACAGGUUUUUCUCUGCACGACUGAGCCAGCAGCAGGAGAUGGUUAGAUCAAAUAGCAGCAUUCUCGACUGAGGCAUGCUCUGCACUGUUGCCAUACAUUGCAAAGUUGCUCUUAGGACAAGUGGAGAUGUUUGUUGGAGGCUGGCAACAUUAAUUUAUUCAGUUUACUGUCAGCUUACUUGAGUUUAUGUGGGCUGGCGUGGAACUUUUAAAAAGGCACGCAAGGAGGAGAGAAUUUCCCUCAGCUUGUGAAAGACAAAAACUAUUUUUCUAUGAUAAGUAGAAAAUAUUUUUAAUCACCUACACGACAGAAACGAAAAAAAAAAAAUAUUUGAGGCGUCAUUUUAAACGAGUCAUUGCUACAUGCACGCCAUUGGAGACUAUGCAGUCUUCUUUGUGAUAUGUUUCCGUUUGUGGAUUCUCCAAAAGUGUGUGGACAAAAUGUUUCUAGGUGCAUCAUUCAAGAACUGUGUCCCCAUAAAACAAGGUUGUGUUGGGACCCCCAGAUGUUGUCAUUGUCUGGAAACUGCAACCGAAAUAUAAUUUGUUUUUAGCUCGGGAUGAAUGCACAAGGCUGUUUUGAUGGGGUUACAGGAUACCAGCACUCCAGGUUUUCUUUAUUGAGGUGUCGGGAGCUCCUGAAAUAUUGCCAGUGUUUGUGGCUUUGUGCUCAUUCUAAAGCAUGAACAUUCAGUUGUUUGAUUAGUGCUACAUCAUUUUGACUUUGCACCGUGAAACCCAUGAACGGCGGGGCUACAUUCAGCUGGGAGUGGUUGCGCUGCUUUUGAUAUGUGAUCAGUGCAAAGCCUACUCGAAACAGUCUGUAUACCUAGUCAGUAGCAUGUAUGCUAUUGGGGAACGAGACACAGCUACUAACAUAAAUGAUGGCCCUUGCAGAUGAGAAAGAUUGGUUUUCAGUUCUGUGGGUGAAAGCAGCUCGUUUUUGACCUCUGAACAAAAGUUUGUCCUCUUCUCCCCAACUGUUCAGCGACCAGCUGUGAGCAAAAGCGUUCCCUUGCUUCUGGGGCUGGGAUUUGUGCAACUUUUAGGCUACAUAGAUAUGGUGACCAGUGGUUUGUUUAUCUUUGCUUGAGGGCAGCUGUUUGUACAAACUCACUGAGCGUGCAAGACUAGCCACUAAUGAAGCAAGUCUUAAUAAAUGAGUGAUCAAGCAAGUUAUUCGUAAUGAAGAAGGAAGCCCCUGGUUGUGUGAAUCCCAAGAUGGAUGGCCGCACAGGAGCUGCCAUUGCUGUAGAGGCCCAACUAAUGGUAGCAUUCCAUAAGAGCACCUCAUAUUUCUUGAGUUUGGUUUGUUCGGGGCAAAUACAUGGCACGAAGCUUAGCUCCUAAUCUUGAGAGAAUGCUUGCUAGUGAGAAACUGGUAAACUGCAAGAAACUGCAUGCUUGCAAGUGGAGUUUGAAAAGUGGCAAUUGGGGUGGGUAGCUAAAAAGUGAUUGAAGCAGUGCCUGUGGUCAGUUGUUUGCUAAGCAUGUGAAGCCAAAUGGUGCAGUGCAAGCCCUGUUUACUCUUGAAGGAAUACUCAUUUCUGUUUGUAUGGGAGUCUGCUGAACUAGAGCACUGCACGGGCCAGCUCCAAAUUCAUGCAAACAAUCGGAACCGCCCAACUACCGUAAACUAAGAGGCAGUCUUGAAACAAGUGACCUGACCGACUCAGCAGCUGGUGUAGUCGGGCGUUCUUAGAUCUCUUUGCACCCCAAGCCACAGUCUUGCACGCUUGGCAGUCAACACAAAUAUACAAUGCAAGGUCCAGGAGUAAGACAGCUGUGUGCCUCAGAAGGGUACACAAGGUACACAACAAACGACUUGCUAAGGGAAGGGAGAAGGACUCGACAGGUUUUCCCUCCUGCUCCAGACAAUUUUCCUUCAAACUCAAAGGGGUUCAUAGUUUGUUCUGGACAUCCGGCAAAGUGCUUGUCCGUGCAACACACCCUUGUCCCAGGCUAGGAACAAUGCAAUUGCCAACCUCUGGGGUAGGCCCAUGCAGUGCUCUAGGCUGCGCUGUCACCAAGUCAGCGUUCAUCUAUCUGUAUUAUAGUCGCCGACCGAUUUUUCGGACGCUGAUAAUUCAAACUUGUUUGAUAUUUCAGACCUAAAGAAAGAACUGUGAUCUACCUCAUAGAAAUAGUGCAUAUUCACGAUCAAUGUUUUGGACAGCUAAGUUGAAUUUUUCGGACAAAAUCGUCACGAGCAAUCAGCGGGAAACAGCCCCAGGAAGCGGUCAUUUUAGAUUGGCUGCACAUGAAGUGGCUUGGCAGCUCUACUUGAGUACUGCCAAGUAUAGGUGAGAGUAUGCUACGGCUUUUCCCUCUUUUUGCUUUGUUAAUUUGCCAUUCUGCAGUUAUGGACCUACGCCUCUCAUCUCGGUUAAUCGUGUUUUUGUGCUAUGCCAGCUUGGGCAUCACAGCCCCAUGUGUUCGUCUGCCGCCGCCAAGUGUUGCUAAGAAGCGUGCAAGGUACUCUUCCAUGACGCUAGAAAAGAAAACAGCGAUUGCUAACCGAAAGUGGCCGAUCGCAAGCGGAGGCAUAACAUGAGGCGAGGCACUAUCAACGGCUUUUUUAAGCCCGCUUAGGCAUAAUAAAGGCAAGUUUUUUAAUCUCCUCUAUUCUUGGGACGUUUCUUUGGUCCCUGCCAAGUCGGAAGAAUCGGUCAGCGACUGUUUAUAUGAAUGUUGGUGAUGCAGUUGUGGAUUCCCUCGCAAGGAUGCGCUGUGUCUUGAUAGCGCUCGACAGGGAAGCAAAAGUUAAGAUGGGCAGUCUCGUGCGCUCCUCAAACGCGCUCCUCAAACGUUGGUGGACUUCCUGGCUCAUGGUGGCAAGGAAGUGGGACAGCAGUGUCUUGCACACAGGGUUUUAGGCCACGCAAUGUCACUCGGUGAAUGGCCCCUUCGGAAAACACGAAAGGACUUUGCUUUUCUAAAGUUCCUUUACUCACAGACCGUUCAGUGCAGAGCUUGGAAUGUUGGUAAAAGUUGCGUGCCAGUUGUACAUAUAGGCCAGCUGCCAUAGGAAUGUGUGUCAUUGUACAAAAAUAUUCAUAACUAGGAGUGUCAUUGAGGGGAAAGACCUUAAUGCCUGUUCAAGGCAUGUCGGGUGGGAGUCUUAAUCGAAUAAACAAUAUCUUCUCUGGAUCUUUUC